GCUGUAAAGCCGGUCCUAUCGAUUGGCACACGUGUGCAGUGUAUUUGUUUUUAUUUAGCUGUGCACAAAUUGUUGGAAUAUAAUUGUUAUUUAUAAAGAUUUUGUCGGUCGGCCUCAAAAUGAUGCACUACCGCAAGGCUGAAAACGUGGAAAAGGAGCUGAGCAAAAGCGAUUUGCCGUUCGAGGACUGCAUGCCAAACAUCCAAAAGGAUAUUCUUUGGAUGCAUGUUAAAGGUGGUACCAAAAUAAGCAACGUGAUUGAGUUCGCUCAGGCGGCUCUAAACAAAGGCGAACACAGAUGCGUAGUGUGGAGCGGAUCUGGUGGUGGAGUGGUCAAGACUAUAUCCUGCGCCGAAGUCCUGAAACGGAGCCACCCCGUCUACCAAGUGACGCGCAUGGCCUACACCAGCGUCGAGGAGCACUGGAAACCACAGAUGGAUGGCCUCGAGGAGAUCAUUGUGAACCGCCAGAUACCCACCUUACACAUCCUCAUGAGCCUGGACGAGCUGCCAGAUAGUAUAGAAGGUUUACAGAAGCCAAAUACAUCAACCGAUUUCUGGGAAGGCGAAGGGGCUAAACCUCGUCAACCCCAACACCGCCAGCAGCAGCAACAUCAGCAGCAGCAACACCAGCAACAGCAACACCAGCAACAGCAACAACCAGGUGCCGGAGGUCGACCAAACAAACGCCACAGGUCCGGACGCAAUAAACCGGGCCAAAAACCCGGGAAAUCUGCCUCAGAAGAGAAUCAACCUACCAGUCAGAGUCAAGGUUGAGAUAAGACGCAUAACUAGCCUUCUAAAAUUGUGAAAAUUCCUUUAUUUGCCAUUUGUAAGGAUAUACAAAUAAAGUCUAAUUUAUCACAAAA